ACCCAUGCUCAUCAUCUGUGCAAACGAUAUUUGAAAGCGUCUGGGUAAUUUCCACCACCCAGCAGCACAACAUUCAACAUGACCGAACGCUACAGUUUUUCGCUGACAACUUUCAGCCCAUCUGGGAAGCUGGUACAGAUUGAGUAUGCCCUGAAUGCCGUGGCAGCGGGGGCGCCCUCUGUGGGCAUCAAGGCAUCCAAUGGGGUCGUCAUAGCAACCGAGAAGAAGCACAAGUCUGUCUUGUACGAGGAGCACAGCGUGCGCAAGAUUGAGAAGAUCACUAAGAACAUUGGCAUGGUCUACAGUGGCAUGGGUCCCGACUACAGGUUAUUGUUAAGACAAGCUCGCAAGUUGGCCCAGGGGUACUUCCUUACCUACCAGGAGCAGAUCCCAACGGCACAGCUGGUCCAGAGAGUGGCUAAUGUCAUGCAGGAAUACACACAGAUUGGCGGUGUGCGUCCGUUCGGCGUGUCUCUCCUAGUCGCCGGCUGGGAUGAAGACGACAAGAAGCCUUUCCUCUUCCAGUGUGAUCCCUCAGGGGCCUACUUCCCCUGGAAGGCUACGGCUAUGGGCAAGAACCACAUCAACGGCAAGACGUUCUUAGAGAAGAGGUACAACGAGGAUUUGGAAUUGGAGGAUGCGGUGCACACGGCUAUACUCACACUCAAGGAAAGCUUUGAAGGUCAGAUGAACGAGGACAACAUAGAGAUUGGUAUCUGCAACGAGAACGGUUUCCGUCGACUGGAACCAGCCGAAGUCAAAGACUACCUGGCAUCGAUAGCAUAGCGUCAGUGUAUGCCGUAAUGUACACAUUCUUCACGUGUUUACUUCGGUAAAGACUUCGGUAUUAUACUUGAACCAUUGAUACGGGUUGCCCCAAAGCCCACUUUACUGGAAUUCAAUUUCGUUGUAGAUUUACGUUGACAUUUAUCAAAUAAAAAGAGUAGCGAGUUUGUCAACACGGCUUCAAAAUGGUGUUCACGUUGUAACCCGUAUCAGUGCUGUACAUGUAUUGUGUUAUUCAGUUCGUAGAUUAAUUCAUUUUUGUAUUGUCCUAAUUACUGUCUUCAUAACAGCUGCAUGAUAAACCGACGUGAUGCCAUCAUUUUUCCAGCGAAGAUCUCAAACACAUACCUAGAUCUCUUGUAAUUUUUUUCAGUUGCUGUUUAUUGUAGACAAUUCCGUGUUAGAUAAAAUUUCAAGUUGUUGGUUUGGGCUGCCUUCUUGAUGUCAAUUUUUGCAGUUGUAGAUUUUACAAGGUUAAAAAUUGCCAAUUCAGUCAAAGUGUAAUUUUGUUGCAUUUGUCAGCAGUACCCAUUAUUGUUGCAGUUCUUACGAUGACCAGAGGAGCUACAAUGUAAUAGGAAUUUUACUAUUGAUGCCGGUAACUAAUCCUGGAGCCUUUUUUCUUAUUCAAAGAGUAAGGAAAAUACUAAUAAAAUAUACAUGAAAAAGCGAAAAACCAA